UCCAUCCGCAAUAAAUCUCAAAUCCUUGACCGUUCGGUGCAGCCAUGAGUGAAAGCGACGACGAAAGCAAGCAUUCGACCAGCUCCGAGGGCAGCUCCACCGAUCUGGACCCCACCAGCGACCGGUACAAGCCGCUUCGAGUGCUGUACUCACGCAAACCGCAGAUCCCCAUUCCGAGGGCAAGGCUGCACGACAACGUCAGUAAAUUCGAGACCCAGUUCCGGCAGUUGGGAGGAUUCGAUCAGAAGUACAACGAGGCACGGUUAGAGGAAUUGCGUCAGACGACAGCCAAGGGAAAGGGGCAAAAAUUUGCGAGCGGAUCGGAGCUUCCGGUGAGGAGAUUCGAACCACAUCAAGAGAUGAUCAAAGCGGAAAAGCCGGCCAGAUUCAAAAAGAACAUAUUUUUGAAGUUGGAAAAUAUGGAAGGACCGCUGGCCAGUCUGCUGACCUGGAUGUGCGAACGGGUCCGGGUACGGGUUUACACCAGAAAGGAAAAGGGAGUCCGGGGAUAUGUCACCGGGUACGUGGAAGUAUUCGAUAAGCACUGGAACAUGGCCUUGUCGGAUGUGUACGAGUCGUGGAAGCGAAGAAAGUAUCGGUAUUCGGAGAACAAGCUUAGUACCCUGGGGGAAGCGCAGGAUUGUAGCGAGCUGUUGCGGAAGAUGGGGAUUGACGUUCCGGAGGUUAGCGUUAAGUCGGUUGAUAGGAAGUAUGUGAUGUGCAGUCGGAAGGUGCCGAAGUUAAUGAUCAGGGGAGAACAGGUGGUGCUGGUUACGCCGGAUACGGGGGUGGAAGUGGAAAAGGAAUAAAGAUUUGUUGGUUGAAAAAAGAA